AUGCCAUCAAUGAAUAGUACAAAUGACGUUGUACCAGAUGCUCGACUGAGCUCACCAGUGAAGCUUUCGCCAUCGAAAUUGAGCAUGAAUCAUGGGGCUUUCAUGGCGAACAUUCAGAACGGUCAUAGUCCGAACAGAGACGGAAGUCCUGGGAUAUCCUCGAGCAGUAAAGUUAUAGAAGCGCUACAUUCUCAGAUUGAUAACUUGACGAGAACAAAUUUAGAGCUUACGGUACAAUCGAACAACUUAUUGUCUCGACUUGAGUCUGCAAACAGCACGCACAGCAAGCAAUUGGAAAGCAUCUCUUCGCUAAAGCACGAAAACGAUAACCUGAAUCUCAUGCUUAGUCGUAAGGAAAGGCGAGUCCGUGAGCUCGAAGAGCAGACAGCUAAACUUAAAAAUUCCUAUGAGGAAGCAGCCGUCGACAACAAGUCCUUGCACAGCCAGCUUCAAAAGUUGACGCAGCGGGAAGGCACUCGGGAAGAGCAGUUCCUACAAGUACAAGUGCAGUAUGAUGCUCUUUUAGACGCACAGGGACGAUACCGUGAGCAACAUUCUCGAGAAGUCGAGGAGCUGAGAGCUCAACUGGAGGCCUUCAAAACUGAUCAAGAAGCGCAUGCGUCACGGGCUUUAAAGGCUCUAGCUAAUAACCAGUCGGCGCUGCAAAGCACGCUCGAUGGCUACGCCGACAAGUACCAAAAUCUGGCUUUCGUGGAGAAGGAACAUCACGAGCUGCUGGACCGCGAAUGUGACUCUUUGCGAUCGCAGCUGGCUCUGCCUAAAUGGGAGGAGCUUUACCUAGAAUCACGUCAAAUGGUUUUCGAGUAUGCUGAUAAGACUGAUUUCAAAUUAUCAGCGUCAUUUCUGGAUCAGCAUGGUCGCAACAGGACAAACUCAGACGCAAAGUUACCUCAGACAUGUCAAGAGAGUCACCAGGCUACUUCCAGCAAUGCCUCGAGUCCCAAUCUAAGCUCUUCUUCAGGCUUCAUCAACUCUCAACAAAUUCGGGUUCCAAAGGUGCGCAAUUCGUCGUCUGCUAAAAGAAGCAGUUUCUACGGAACAAACGUUCCAAUAACUGCAUCUCCGGUCCCAGGGGCCCGACAACCCUCAUCUUCAUCAGUCAUAGCAUCGUCUGGAACACUUCCAGGUGUGAGGCGCUCGUCUUCCAUGAGAGGCUCAACGCCGCCGUCCAGAAACUCAUCCGGCGAACGUCCUGGCCCGGAAACCAGCUCUUCUGGCUCGAAAGGCCAUAGUAAGCCCUUUCCAAGUUACAAGAAAAAGAGAAACCCCUCACAGGUGCUUAACAAGCCCAAUGAGAUUGCCUCGAAAUCUCAAUAA